AUGAGUGAUCAAGAACCACUAACAGAGCUUCAAGAGAACGAAGAACGCGGUGGUUUGGAGUCCAGCACGAUUAACCACCUCACCAUGCUCCAACUCAACGCCACCACAAGUCCCACCGACAACUACCACCCCACCACCACAGAACUAGCUGUCCCCGCACAUCAGCACUGCACAAUUUCAGGUAAUGGUUCUAUGAAGAGACGAUCAACCUCAUCAUUGUCUUUUCAAGAACCUACCUCCAAGAAACCCACCCUCCAGCCCUCCUGCACCACCACCACCGAUCACCACGGCCUCCACGGAUUCACCAAGCUUCCACUACCCAUCACGACUCCUCUUCUCCGGCGCUGUGUCUCAGACCCAAUAAACUCUACGGGAACCGACAAUGCCGGUUCUUCCGCUGCCUCGGUUCAAUUCUUGAACCUUCAGUCGCCGGAAAAUCACAACAUCUCUGUUCCGGCAGCAUCCCCAUCUCCGGCUAAUCCGUCUCAAAGUUUUCGCCGGCCGGUGUCUUAUCCAACUUCAUCGGCGUACCAGGUGACCACCAACACACCGCCACGGGUUUCGCUGGCAAGAACAUUUUCUAGGUCGCCAAGUUCUGGAGAGAUUGGUCCGCAUUCUGUUGAGAAAGAGAGUCCCAAUUCUAAGAGAUUGAAGAAAAUGAAGGAAAAGAUGAGAGAAAUGAGGCAAUGGUGGGACCAAAUCAUGCAUGAAGGCGAAGACGAUGACUACGGCUCUGAAAUUAACAAUAGAAACACUCUCAAGGACAACUGUGAGACUGAAUCUGUGGAGGCAAUUCAGGAAUCUGUGUGGGUGGAGAGGAAUGGGGAGUGCAAAACAAUUCACUUCAAGUGUCCCUGUGGUGAAGGCUAUGAGGUCAGACUCCAGUUUACAUCAUACCAGACUGCAACCAAGAGUUGA